UCUGAACGCUCGCGCCGAAGGGGGUUUUUGAUCCUCGAGCUUCAGCCGCUCUUGCUUUCACAGCGUUCCGACGCUCGCGCCUCUCCCGGAAGUGCUUUUCCGUCAGUUCCGGUGAGUCCCAGGCUUCCGGGGCAAAGCGGCUGAGGCGGCUGUGGUGGCCGCUGUGAGGGGGCGUCGGCGGCUCCCACCGGCAACGUUUUCCGUCAGAGAGCCCUUGCGAGGCGAGGCGGAGGCGUCCACUAUGUUCUCCUUCAACAUGUUUGACCACCCGAUUCCCCGGGUCUUCCAGAACCGCUUCUCCACACAGUACCGCUGCUUCUCCGUGUCCAUGCUUGCGGGGCCUAAUGACAGGUCAGAUGUGGAGAAAGGAGGGAAGAUAAUUAUGCCGCCCUCAGCCCUCGACCAACUCAGCCGACUCAACAUCACCUACCCCAUGCUGUUCAAACUGACCAACAAGAACUCAGACCGAGUGACACACUGCGGGGUGCUGGAGUUCGUGGCUGAUGAGGGCAUCUGCUACCUCCCGCACUGGAUGAUGCAGAACCUGCUGCUGGAGGAGGGUGGCCUGGUUCAGGUGGAGAGCGUCAACCUGCAGGUGGCCACGUACUCCAAGUUCCAGCCGCAGAGCCCCGACUUCCUGGACAUCACCAACCCCAAGGCUGUAUUAGAAAAUGCAUUGAGAAACUUCGCCUGUCUGACCACUGGGGAUGUGAUUGCCAUCAACUACAACGAGAAGAUCUACGAGCUGCGCGUAAUGGAGACCAAGCCGGACAGGGCCGUGUCCAUCAUCGAGUGCGACAUGAACGUGGACUUCGAUGCUCCCCUGGGCUACAAGGAGCCGGAGAGGCAGGCCCAGCAUGAGGAGUCAGCAGAAGGCGAAGCUGAACACAGUGGCUACACCGGGGAGUUGGGCUUCCGUGCCUUCUCCGGCUCCGGAAACAGACUGGAUGGGAAGAAGAAGGGGGUGGAGCCCAGCCCCUCCCCAGUCAGGCCCGGAGACAUCAAGAGAGGAAUUCCCAACUACGAAUUUAAACUUGGUAAGAUCACGUUCAUCAGAAACUCCCGUCCGCUGGUCAAAAAGGUUGAGGAGGAUGAAGCCGGAGGCAGAUUCGUUGCUUUCUCUGGAGAAGGACAGUCGUUGCGUAAAAAGGGAAGAAAGCCAUAAGCUAGGACUGUUGGUUGAUUGGAAAAUAAAAUAAUUGCAACAUGCUGGCUUUUAGUUACUGGCUCUGAGGGGAUGCUCCGUCACUUUGGGUUUGCUUAGAGUCACCUGGAACAGGGCAGCGGGACAGCGGCUGUGUGCAGGAUUUGGGGGAGAGAAGGCCUCUGGGGCUCCUUGGGGGGGCCUCUCCUCAUGCCCACACCAACUGCUCAGCUGAAGCCGGGUGCCCUAAUUCCUGCUGAAAACAGUGAAGGGGUUGGAUUGCUCUCAAGUUGUGCUCUUUUGUUUUUUUCUCCCAUUUAUCCUUUUCCCAGGUCAUACUUAAGUUGUUGCCUUUGGGCUGGGAAAAAGGUGGUUUAAAUAAAUAGUGAUCAACCCAUUACGCUGGCUGCAGUUUAGGUAUUUGAGGAAGGGUGUUUGUUUUUAUUUUACUUGUUGAUUUUUUUUUCCUCCUAAAAAACCAUGCCUCAGAAGGAAAACCUGAUUUAGAAGCAUUUCUACUUUUACUUUGAUGUAAUUUGGAAACAACUGGUUCUUUAGUCUGUUCUGUAAAAACAGCUUCGUGGUGAAGCACAAAUGUAACUGUUAGAAUAAAUGAAAGCUGAAGAUAUGUUCUUCUCUGUACCCCCCACUCCCAGUUUUAAAUGUAUUAAAUUUUCCAAAGUUCUGCUGACCUUUUUUUUUUUACUAGGAUUAAUUUAGUUUCAUGUCCCCACUUUAUAUAGUAGCUCUUUUGACAUGUUAACUCAAUUAUUUUAAUCUCUUGUUCCUUGAGAAUAAUUUUCAAUUAUGAAUUUCAAAUAAAAACAGGCAGUGACCAAAACCUGAA